GGCGCACAGCGGGAGCGGCGGUGCCGGAGGAGCUGCGCGGCGGAGGCGCUUCUCCCGCUCCCUCUGCCCGGCGGUCCGCAGCCGUCCCUCGGCCCGGCCUCGCAACCCUCGUUUCGCCGCGGCACCGCCAGAGGAAGGGUGAAGGAGCCGCUGCCGCGCAGCUCGCCCCGAGGGAAAGCCCACCAUGUCGCGGCCGCUCCCGCUGAACCCCACCUUCCUACCUCCCACCUACGGGGUGCUGAAGUCCCUGCUGGAAAACCCGCUCAAGCUGCCGCUCGCUCACGAAGACGCAUUCGGUAAAGAAAAAGACAAAGAGAAGAAGUUAGAGGAUGACAGCACCAGUACCACAGUCCCUCAGUCUGCUUUCUUGGGCCCGACAUUAUGGGACAAGACGCUGCCAUACGAUGGAGACACUUUCCAGUUGGAAUACAUGGACCUGGAAGAGUUCCUCUCAGAAAAUGGCAUUCCACCCAGCCCAAACCAGCACGAGCAUAGCCCACACCAGCCAGGUCUGCAGCAAGCUACCUCAGCAUCCCCUUCUGUCAUGGACCUCAGCAGCAGGGCUUCUACUUCAGUCCACCCAGGCAUGGUGUCGCAGAACUGCAUGCAGAGCCCGGUCAGACCAGGUCAGAUCUUGCCAACAAACCGAAACACACCAAGUCCUAUUGAUCCGGAGACCAUCCAAGUUCCCGUUGGCUAUGAACCUGACCCUGCAGAUCUUGCUCUUUCCAGCAUUCCUGGCCAGGAGAUGUUUGACCCUCGUAAACGCAAAUUCUCUGAAGAAGAGCUGAAACCACAGCCAAUGAUUAAGAAAGCUCGUAAAGUCUUCAUUCCAGAUGACCUGAAGGACGACAAGUACUGGGCAAGGCGCAGAAAGAACAACAUGGCUGCCAAGCGGUCGCGGGACGCGCGCCGGCUGAAGGAGAACCAGAUCGCCAUCCGCGCCUCCUUCCUGGAGAAGGAGAACUCGGCGCUCCGGCAGGAGGUGGCCGACCUGAGGAAAGAGCUGGGCAAGUGCAAGAACGUCCUGGCCAAGUACGAGGCUCGGCACGGCCCGCUGUAAGGGCACGGGAGGGGAGCGGGCUGCUUUUUCUUUUUUCUUUUUUUUUUUUGUUUCGGUUGCGGGUUGGCAUUUGCAUAGAUGGACAGCGUGUUUCCUGUUCGACAGCACCACGCCCAGACCAACCUUUCUGUCUUCAGCACUUUACCAGAAGCAGAAACAAAACUGACUUAACGUUGUUUUCUUGUUGUUCGCGUGUGCGUGUAGCGGCGUAUCUGUGUGCACGUGUGCGUGUGUGCGUGUGUGUGUGCAUGUGGGUGGGUGUGUGUGUGCAUGUGGGUGUGUGCGUGUGCACGCAUCUCAGCACUUCCCAUUUUUACAAAGCCCCCUUCGAAGGGUGCCACAUUUUUACCUGGACUGUUGAGAGCCGCCAUAGUCAGCUUUUCAUUACGUUUUCCCAGUGCUGCUUCGGAUUAGGGUUUGUACGUUCUUGUAACUGGUUCCAUCCUCCCGACUCACUUGGAAAGAUCCCAUCAAUGAUAGAAAAAAUAUAUAAAUGGUAUUUAAAAAAAAAAAUUAAAAAAAAAAAAGGAAAAAAAAAAAAGAAAAAAGAAAAAAAAAAAGUAGGUCUCAGUUUGUGGAGCAUGACGGGCUGCGGCCGGAGCACGUCUGAUCAGAGGAGUUAACAUGCUAAUAAAGUGCACAAAGAAUAAUUUAGUACUACACUGCAGAAAUAUUAAUUUAUAGAUGGCUUUCGUUGUAUUUUAAGUUCUGGUGAUAAUUGUCUUCAGAUUUAAAGUGCUGUUAGACUGAGUUAGCUCUACUCAUUAUAGAUCCCAUAAUGGCUUCUCUGUAGCUAUUAAGGUUCCUUUUAUUUCCACGGACCCCAGGUAGGUAGGAGUACUGUUGAUAGACCACAGAGUGUGUACUUUGCACUGUCUGUACCUGAAGCAAUAAUCCUAUUGUACGCUAGCGCGCAUGCUGCCUGGAUGUUCCUAGUGGACGUAGGAUGGUUUCCCUUCCCAACAGGAGUUUUAAUGUCUUUAACAACAAAAAAAAAAAAAAAAAAAAGAAAAAAAAAAGAAAAAGAAAAAGACACUUCAUGUGAGCAAUGUGAGCAUGCUAAUUGUAUCCCUGCUACAGGGGGCGCAUGUACAAGAAGCAGGAUAAUUAGCUGAAACGACAAAUUAAUGGCAUCAAAUCAGAUCUGGCAUUGGAAUCAGAGGGGCUUUUCCGUUCUCAGUUAGUUAUGCAUUUCUUCGAGCUCCAUUUUGUGAUUAAAAAUUAAAUGACCCGAAUUCAGUUGUUUUUUUUCCCACGUUGUGUAAUAUAUUUUCUGUGGAUUAUAUCUUGCUGUUAUAAAAAUCACUUUAAUUCAGUUAGAAGAAGUCACUGGUUUGCAAAGCCCAUUUCUCCUAGUGGUUGUUGUUCUGAGUGUGACAUGAACUGAUGGUUCUGAAUUCUGUUGUUUUAAACUCUCUCUUUGCUUUUGAACACUUAUGUUCGAAUCUAAAGUGGACUUCUGAGAAAUGAAUGUAAGAGACACUGGUGUAUUUCAGAGGGGGAUGGUGUUGUCGUAUACUGUGGUUAAUCCAAUCAAUCUAAGUGUUUACUAUAGACCAAAAGAACAGAUAUUAUAAAAUGUAUAAAGUUUAUACAGAAUAAUUAUAGUAUGUUUGUUUUGUACAGUAUUUUUCAAGUACAAAUACUGACAGUGUAUUUUGAAAGACAUAUAUUAUAUAUAACAAAGAGAAAAAGCUAUUCCAUGUUUAAAAUAUAUAGCAAAGAUAUAUAUUCUCCAUUAUUGUACAGAAAGGAAAUGCUUAGGAGGCUGUUGGUUGGUUUUAGUUUUUGUUUUGUGAAUCUCUCAUGUUUUAAGCCUACCAUUGGCACACUGGCAUGUUCUGUGCUUUACAUUAAAUCGUUAUGGAAGUAGUGUGGCUUUCCAGGCUGUUUGGUAUUACUGAAGAAGAGAGACUUCAUUAUUUUCCAUUGGAAACACGUGACGGAUGUGUUUCGUAGGGACAAAGCACAAUAUGGAUUUUAGGCAACUAUUGAUUGGACAAUGCAAUUUCUAAAGGCAAAAAAACAGCAUGCAAACCCCAAACGCAGUCACUUCUCAUCUGCUGCUGCUGCUGCUCGAAUCUGUUUCCAGGUGACCUUUUAUAAUAAAUAGCUCAGUUCAUGUAUACGGUUGUAUGUGGUGCAUAUGGUCAUUCACAUGUGAGUAAAUACGGUGCUACAUGUCCUGCUCACAGUUUUCUGAGUGUUCUGGCAUUGUUUUCAAAUGAAGAGGUCGUUCAUUCCAUGAAAUACCGAUUCACGCUUCAGGAGAUGGCUACAAAGGACCCAACCUUUUGUCCAGCAUCACAAAAAUCCGUGCACCACUGACAUUUCCCAGUACUGUAUCCCAGACAGACCCAGCAUGUCCCUCACCGUGCAGUGCUCGCCUGCGGACCGCUAACUCGGUGAGCUGAACUUCCGUGCGCUGCAGCAAAGCUUGGAGAGCAGUAAGUUCUUUUCUGGAGGUCAGUAAGGCACUGAGUGCACCAAGAGAGAAGCGGGAGGCAGCGGUCGGCACGGCUGAGCCUUCAUCAUCUGCUCUGUGCUCUGGGAAGCAAACGUUUGCUUUCCCUUCGGCGCUGCGUGGCGGUGGUGGAGCUCCCCGAGCAGCCACUGCCACGGGUGCAUCCCUAGCAGCAGCUGGCAGCAGUUCCUCAGCAGCAUCGCUGCGAGCAUUCUUGGAGCGGUGCCUGAAAGGAGGAAAUGGUGGAAAUGAAAUCAGCUGAUACGGAAAUGGUGAGAGCCAUGGCUACGCUGCAUCGUGACCACGGAGUGCUCCUUAAAGGAGCCCCAGGGCCUCGGCUGCUCACCCCGAGCUCUGGGAGCGCAGCACUCGUGGCCUAAAACCUGGGAGUGACCACAGGCUUUCCAAGCAGGCUGUGUGUCUCCCCAGCGUGACAUAAAGCAACAGAAAAUCCAGCUCCUGUUCAGCUCCCAGGCUCAGUUCAGUUGGUAUCAUCACAGCUCCCAUGGCUUUGAAGGAGCUUGCAGGCAUGAGAAACCCUCAUGUCAUAAAAAUAGAAACACAUGUAUUUGCAGAAUAGAUACCAGCGCGUCCAAACAAUUCACCGACCUCUGCUAAAAACACCGGGAUGGGUAAAAUGCUUAAUUUCUGCUUUUUUUUCCUCCGGAUCUUAGAAGUGAAUUCUUUCUUUUUGAGAAGGAAUAUCCUCUACAAACAAACGGAACCUGGGAUGUGUUGGUGCACCUUGGGAAGCUGCCUGGGAAAGCGCGUGGCAGAGGGCAGGGGAGUCCUUUUCUUUCUUUCCAGUGCUGCUUUGGGGUCCCUGGAUCUGACACCGUGGCAGCACCGCUCUGACUUGAACCCACAGAAGCAAAGUGCUCAGGGCAGCGCUGGGGCUCCGGCUGUGCUGUGCUGCGCUGUGCUGCCUGCAGCACCAAAGGCUCCCGGCUGCAGAGAGCAUAUUGCCUCUGUGGGUUUGUAAUAACCUCAGUUACUGCUUAAAAGCUAUUUUUGCAUGUGACUUACAAUAGGGAUGUGCAGUUUUAUUUUAUUGAGUUUUUUUUUUUUUCUAUGUCAAGAAGGAAAUAUAUCUAUGUAUUAAAACAAGUGAUCAACCAUUGUAUUUCUGGCAACACCACGAGACAGCAUCUGUUGAAACACAAGUUUAAUAAGAUCAAAUUACCUGUACGACAUGAAAUGGAUUGCAUCCUGUAUGCUGUUCAGCCCAAAUCUUCUUUUCUUUUCGUCUGUUAUUCUCAAUGUUUAAUAAACUUUUAAAUUUGUCUUCUCUCA